AUGUACUCUUGUGCCAGGCAAAAGUGCACUUGCAACGACUUUACUGCAGUGGAGAACUGGGUAUAUGAGUAUGGAAUGAACUAUCUGAUUAGCACUUUAUGGGCGUCGGAAGUGUCAUCGUGCUCUGCGUCCGCUUCGAAGAGCAUAGUAGUCGGUCCUCCAGUCAGCACGGGUCCUUCUCAGACGACAUCCACCUCUACCGUAACCAGUUUCGUCUCAUCGCAGACGAGGAAUCAAAUAACCUUCUCGCAACCCAGCACUACUCUAAUUGCCGUUUCCACCGUCUUCGUCUCGAUCAAUGUCACUCCUUCGUCUGAACAGGGCUCUUCGAUAUCACGAUCGAACACAGAGCUAUCCUCGUCUACUCCUCCACCCUCAAAUGUUGAUGAUGCGUUGGGACUGUCGACUGGAGCGAAAAUUGGGAUUGGCAUAGGCGCCGGAAUUGGAGGUGGCUUGAUGGCGUUUGUCAUAGUGUAUGCUGUCGUGAAAUUUCGAAGGAAGAACAAGUACGCUGACGUUGGAGCUGUUCCGGCGGGAGUGGCAGAUCCACCACAGGACCUGUCUCGAAAGUCAGGACAACAGGACUCCAGUGGCUCCAGACUCGAUCAGGCCGAACUGCCGGCAUCCGAAGUCGUUCGUCCCAGGUCAUCGAUAUUUUCAGAAUUGGAAGGCAGUCCAGUACAGAAUUCUGCGAAGAGACAGAGACCAACUGGCCAAUCAUCACCUGAUAUCACCGAGUAA